ACGAUUAAAAAUCCUUCAAUAAAGUCAGCAAUUUUAUUUUUACGACACGCGCGGAUGAAUACAAAACCUCAGCUUGGUUAUGAGUUUUAUAAUGAGUUCCCAUCUUCCUCUUUUCUAAUUAGGACUACUCCAAGUCACCAGCUAUGUCGAAGGCGGCAAUCCGCCCGCUUGUGUCGGUCUACAAUGAUAAGGGUGAGUCUACGUCCUCCAACGUGAAAAUGCCGGCUGUUUUCAGUGCCCCUAUUCGGCCUGAUAUUGUCAGCUUCGUGCAUGACCAGAUGAUGAAGAACUCUCGUCAUCCUUAUGCUGUCUCUAAAUAUGCAGGUCAUCAGACUUCUGCUGAGUCUUGGGGUACCGGUCGUGCUGUCGCUCGUAUUCCUCGUGUACGCGGUGGUGGUACUCACAGAUCGGGUCAGGGUGCAUUCGGUAACAUGUGCCGUGGUGGUCGUAUGUUCGCUCCUACCAAAGUUUGGAGGCGCUGGCAUAGGAAGAUAAACGUCAAUCAGAAGAGGUACGCUAUGUGUUCUGCUGUUGCUGCUAGCGGUAUCACUUCUUUGGUUCAGUCGAAGGGUCAUCAAAUUCAAGAGGUUCCUGAAAUUCCAUUGGUGAUCACUGAUAAAGUGCAGGAGUACAAGAAGACUAAGGAUGCUGUAACUUUGUUGAGGCGUUUGAAGGCUUGGAAUGACAUUGAAAAGGUAUAUAAAUCCAAGCGCUUCAGAGCUGGGAAGGGUAAAAUGAGAAACCGUCGCAGGAUUAUGCGUAAAGGACCAGUUCUUAUCUAUGAGAAGGACAAUGGAAUUGUGAGGGCUUUCCGUAACAUUCCUGGUAUUACAACGCUUAAUGUGAAGCAUCUGAACCUCAGGAAAGUUGCCCCUGGUGGUCAUGUGGGUCGGUUCUGUAUAUGGACAGAAUCUGCCUUUAGGAGACUUGAUGGCAUCUACGGAACAUGGACAACUCCGUCUAAGGAAAAGGUUGAUUACAAUCUCCCAAUGCCAAAGAUGUCCAAUUCGGAUUUGACAAGAAUUUUGAAGAGCCAAGAAGUUCAGUCUGUGUUGAGAUCACCACUGGUGAGGUUAAAUAGAUACAAAUUAAAGAAAAACCCAUUGAAGAAUUUCCGAGUAAUGGUCAAGUUGAACCCAUAUGCCGCUGCCAUGAAGAGGAGUGCUAUUCUUUCUCAGAAGAUCCAAAAGAUUAACAAAGAAAGAAUGCUUGCUAAACGCAAAGUGGUGGAAGGUACUGUUGGUUUCAGGAAAAGGCCUGUGAAGUUAAGAGCCACCAAGAAGGAUGGUAAGAUUAUCAGGAAGGCGAAAACAGUAAAACAGAUUCGCAAGCGUUCUACUAAACCUUCGAAAAAAACUGAUAGCAAGGCUGCAAAAAAGACUGACAGUAAGCCCGUGAAAAAGGCUGCAACUGCACCUGUGAAAAAGGCUGAAACCAAGCCUGCAAAAUCAGUUGCAGCUAAGUAAUUAAUGUCAGUGUGCUGUUACAAUAAAUAAGUCUUGAAUUGAUUGGAA